AAAUCUAUCAAAUCCCUAACAACAUUCGUAACCUGGAUUCUCGGCGUAGUUGUGAUAUGGAUGAAGACAGAAGAACUGUAUGGUGUGGCAAUUUGUCUGAGAAAGUUACUGAAGACAUUUUGUACGAACUGUUUGUUCAGGCUGGUCCAUUGGAGAGAGUACAUAUACCAAAAGAUAGAGAAGGCAUACAACGCACUUAUGGCUUCGUUACUUUCAAACAUGAGUGUUCAGUACCUUAUUCUCUAGCGCUGUUUGAAGAAACAACUUUGUUCAAUAAGCCUUUAAGGCUGCGAUCAAGAAAUUGUACAAACAAUGAUAUUCAUCAUGGCAUGAAUGACACUCGUGGAAGCGAGAGACAACGUACCCAGUCUCUUCCAAAUAACUUAGACUAUACUAUGAUUGCACCUACAGUGCCAGAUUACAAUAUGUUACUCCAGCUUGGACAGCAGAUGUUAAUUCCAUCAUCUUUUGGUUUGGGUUCAUCGCCAGUCCAGGUGAAUCAGUUCAGUGCAUAUUUACCAAGCAACAGUUCACCUGUGUAUAGAAGUCAGCUGAACAGCUCAUACUAUUUAGGUGGAAGUCUUGAAAAAUUGUCUCAAAAUAGCCGUGAUAUCUAUGGGCAUAACAUAAAUUACCCCUUUCCUCAUGGUUCUCAUGGUGGUGGAUCUAGAGGUCAUGAACGCAACCAUGAUAGUAACAGUCACCAUAGCAACUUGCAUCAUCAUCAUCGUCAUCGUGACGAUGAACAUCGGGGCAGGAGUAGAAAACGACGCUACUAAGACCGGCAUGCAGUUUGAAACAAUGUAAGAAAGAAACUGCUGUUAAACUGUACAUUGACAUUGCUGAUGACCGGACACUGAAGAAGAAUAUGCAAUACAUAGGUACAAAUUUAAACUGGUGUUCACUAGAGAUAUUCGAUUUUAUAAGUUGGUUAUUUCUGAAUUUUUCACAAUGUGGCAUACUGACAAAACAUAAUAGUGCUGGUAUAUUUACCAUGUGACUCAGCUUUAAGAGUGUAUCAGUACAAGAAUGUUUUAGAGCGCUGUUUUUUCUAUGUUUAAUGACUUUUUAAAAUAUAUUAUACUAUAAUUUGUAGUAAAGAAAAAUCCAGUGUAAGGAAUCACAGUAUAAAAGUUAUUCCUCAUUAUUAUACUGUAAAUCAACAAAAUACAAAGUGGUACAAAGAAUCUUGUAUGUAAAAAUCACAGUUGAAAACCAUAAAUCUGUCAUCUUAUUUUUUUAAAUAACAGUACAUAAAUACAAACUUUUAUACUCAGGAAAAUGCAUGUAAGGAAAUUAUGACCAGAAAUACUUUUAAUAACAGUAACAAUAAUAAUAAUAACAACAAAGGUUUAGAACUGCUGGUCUAUUUUUUCAUAAAUCUGUGAAACACUAUAAUGCUCUUUUUCAGUAUGUUGUGGUGAAUUUCAGUAUUGUUUCUAUUUUGGAUUUUCGUACAGCUCUUAUACAUGUCAAAUGUUACUUGUAUUGGUUUAUUACUUUGCAAAAUUGUAAUAAAGUAGCCUUUAUAUUUAUAGUUCCAUAUCCACCCAUCUGUGGAUGUUGGAUUUAAUUUAUUGAUUUUUGUUUAUUUCAUUUCUGUGAAAAUAGUCACAUGUGGUUUUCAGUUUGUAGUUUAUACAGAAUGGUACAAGAGAUUUCAAAAUAUAUUCAUUUACAACCAGAUUCAUGAAGUUUUGGCAAAGAUUUGUAUGCAUUACAGGUAGGGCUUCAGAUUAAAUUUUUAAGUCUGAUAGUCUGAUAUGCCAGGGGUCUGAAAUAUUUGUGUUCAAUGUGAAACCUGAAUUAGUUUAUAUAUUAAGAAAUGAGGUUUAUUUAUUUUUCCUAGAUAUUAUUCUCUGAGUUUUCUUAAACUGGGCAAGGCUGGAGUCUAAUUUGUUGCUUGUCCUGGUGAUGAAGAUGAUUGUGCUACAUUUCUGAAUAUCUAUUAGUUGUUCUGAACAAGGGCAGGGACAUGACCCUGCAUGUUGUUAUUGUUGAACUGGACACUUUACUGGGAUACUUUAGUUUCUGGGAGCUAAAAACUAUGAAGUUACAGCCAAUCAAAUAUUUGCUAAAAUUAGUUUCUUUCUUACUUUCUUUUUUGUAAUAAUUGGUAUAACAACUUGCAACAAAUAGUAUUGUAUCAUUAAAACUCAACUUUAAAACAGAUAUCUCUGUGUUCAUUCGUAGAGUAGAAAAUUUUCCUUCUUUGCCAUCUUUAUGGUUACAUUUAUCUUCUGUAUUCUCGUGCAUCCACAACCGUCAAAGAUGCAGCAGCAUCAUCAUCAUCAAUUGGUGUCAGUAAUAUACCAGAAUUUAGGUUUACUGAAUCAAAAAGGAGUAUGACGUUUUGCUGUAUACUGUCUUGUGACAUGCAACAAACAAUAUGUUGAACAUUGUUGUAUGCCUCGUGUCACAUAUGAACUUUGCAAUAAUGAGUGGCAUGUUGAAUUUUGUGUUCCCUCAGAGUACUUGCAGGUCAAGAGGUGAUGAUAUUACGAAGUUGUCAGUUUUAUGUCAGGUGUAGAAUGUGAGUUGAAUGUGUGGCACUGGAGUGAAAGACAGAAAAUGUUCUGCACAGAACAUGAAGGAUGUCUCAAGUAGCCCCUUGAAAGGUAACAUAAACUGGUAGCAAAUUGCUUAUUUAAUUGUGUUGGUAUGUGAUAAAUUUAUUUGCAAUUAAAAGUGCAAAAACUGGGGAAUAAUUUUAAUGUUAUUCCUGUAUUAACGUGGUGUUUUAGAGAUGACUGAGUUCAGUAUUUCCCUUUGAGAUCACACACAGCUGAUCAAUACAAACUAACUGCAUUGUAUAUAAGCAGUUAUAAAAACACAUCUAUUUUGAAUAUUAAGAAUACAUUUUUUACAAAGUACAGAAACCUGUGUGUUGGUAUAAAGCGCAACGAACUUUAUUUUUAAUUUGUAUUAUUAUGCAAGAGGAUUUAUAAGACCUUUGUGUUGCAUUAUCACUGCAUAUCACACAGUGGACAUUAAAAUACAAUAUUAUAUUUGCAUGGAAACUGUACCAACAGUCUAUUGCAAAUGUUCUGUAAAUUAAACAUUUAUUUUUAUGUAAUUAUGAUGGAAUACACAAAAACACUGAAUAUGCUGUACAUAUUUUUUUACUAUCACAAAAACUUUUUGGCUAGACAAAAGUUAUUUAUACUGGUCCCACUCCCUGAAUUGUACACAAAAAUGCAGUAUACUUGAAAAUAUAUUUUGAUGGAAUCCAGUCUCCUUAGCAGUUAUACUUUCACCCAAGAUUACUUUGCUUAAUUCAGUGCAAAUGAGCAGCAAAUCACAGAAUAGUUCAAUAAUAGUUUAUAUUAUCUGUAGCAUUAUGUAAAAAUAUUAUUAAAUUCAUUUUUGUUUUCAAGCACAAUAAUAUCUAGCAUCAUUACUGUGAGGGUAUUUAAGGGAGAAAACAAAUAUUAAAUUCAAUAUUUUGUUAGUAUGAUUCACAACGCUACAAUGCUUAAAAUGUGUUUCUUAUCUUUGAUAAAAUCUAUUUUCAAAUUUCACUAAACAAACCUCUUUCAUUUCAUCCUAGGCAUUUCAGAGAUGUGAACCAUUAAAUUACGUCUAAUGUGGCUUUCUUUUCAGAAUUACAGGGAGCCAAACACACUUAUAUUUUCAUAUUUCAACAUGUGUAAACAUAUUAGGAAAAAAAGUAUCAAUAUAACUUUAUAAUAUAUUGCAUGGUUUAUAUUUCAUGUUUACAAUAAAUCACUCUGAUCAUGAGAGCAUUGCAGUUUAGAACUUUUGUUUGUAUUACAUAUUACUAUUAAGUUACUUAUACAAUAUACUUAACACUAUUUACACGGACAGGUCUUUGUCUUAUUAAUGACUACCAGAACCAAUAACCUACAAUCUGUUGACUUGUAUAAAAUGGAAGUUAUGCUAGAAGAAGACAUAACCUUCAAUGAAGCACAGCCCUCAUUAUGUUCCAUGCCUAAUUAGAGCAUUUAUUUUGUGCAAGCAAUAUUAUUUGUCUUCAUGGAAAUUACUUUUUUAUUUACUCCUGCAGGUGGGAGAGCUUCUAACACAGUUUUGGGGCAUACAAGGUGAAAAUAUAAUUAUAAAUAUGAUGUAAUGUUUUCUUUUUAUAUGCCUGCUAACUAAUUAUGAAAUUAUAUAUCAAUGAAAAAAUCCGAUGGAAGAAUAUGAUUGGUAAUUUUAUAUAUGAUGUAGAUUAUGGACCAGCUUUAUUUAUUGUAAUUUGCUAUAAUUUAACACGCAAUUAAUAGAAAUGGUGGUUCAUUCAUGCUUCUACUACAGAAGCUAUGGUACAUUUUAACCAUGUGAUUUCAGAAUUCUUGUCCUAAAAGUAGAUAAUUAAAAAUAGGAAGCACUAGGCUUGUUGCUGACUAGAAAGACUGUCCAUGAAGAAUGCAUGAUGAAGACAAGUCUCAAAUUGUAUUUAGAUUGAACAAUGUUUUAAUUCCAUCAGAAUAUUGUUUGUUAAAACGUUGAUACUACAUGAUUAACAGCUUUACUUUAUAAGGAUACUUGUUUAUAUAUUGUGUAUGUUAUGUGAUUGUAAGUAGGCUUGUUUAGAACAAUGCCAAUGGUGUGCAAAGACGUGGUUCCUCUUGUGGAAGAAAUGUUUGGAGAAUAGAAUUUUUCCAUCAGCAGAACUGAGCCAACUUUUCUUGACCUUUGUGUGUGUGUAUGGUUUUAGCAUUAUUUUAAAAUACGAGAUAUCAAACAAACAUGAAGUACCCGUGUGUAAAGUUGUGCUUCUUAGUUAUAUGCUGCAUAUGUGACAGUAAAAAAUUGCAGUUGAUACCACAAAUAACAAGAAAUGGCAUGCGUAUUUAUGAUGCUUUACCUUUGCCUCGUUUGUAAUAUCUGAUAAUAAAGUACUGGACGAUGUAAGUCAUGAAUACCCAA